AACAAUUUCAUAGCAUAGUUGCGGCUGUGGAACUAACGUAACUGGUCGGCCAAUCAACUUCGCUCUCUAAAAUUGUAAAGCCAGUCUGACGUUGCACCCUACGUUUUGAUUGGAUAAAGAACCUGUCUGUUUAGUGUAGUUUGUGAAGUUAUGGUGUUAGGUCGGGGAAGCAAGAGCAUCCACUGUUUAUUUUUUUUGUAUUGAUGAUGCACGUUUUAAAGAACAGACAAAUAAUGUUGUGACUAUGACACUGUUAAAUGUAAUCUUGUUGUGUGCGUAAGUGCAUACUUCGGAAUUCCUGGGCGGGUUGAGGAUUAAAAUUUGUCAAGAUGGCCGACUCCAGUUAUUACCAGGAGGAUUACAUUCGCCAUCCUGUCAUUUAUGAAUUAAGUCACAAGUAUGGACUGCAGACUGAAAAUGUUCCUGAGGCAGCACUACCUGGUAAAUUGGAAGAACUUAAGGAACUGUUGCGACGAGAGAUUCGGAAGGAGCUUAAAAUUAAAGAAGGAGCUGAAAAGUUGCGUGAAGUUGCUAAAGAUAGACGAAGUUUGGCUGAUGUUGCCACCAUAGUAAAGAAAGCAAAUUCAAAAUUAGCAGAACUGCAGGCUGAACUUCAAGAGCUGGAGUCCCAGAUUAUUCUGAGCCAGGGGCAAGCCAGCUCUCCAUCUCCUGGAAUUGGUGCUCCACUGCAGCCAGGGCUAAAUAAUGGCCAGGAUACUGUGUCAUUUCCUACACCUGGUCAGGUGGCAGUGUCUAAUGAUGGCCUAUUCACAGACCUGCGCCUUCUCUCUUUAGAUAAGCAAUUGAAUAUUGAACUGAAGGGUGCUGAAAAUAUGAUUCAGAGCCUAACUAGCAGUCAUUCUCGUGAUAAAAAGCUGCUUGGAGAAGCCCAACAAAUGUUGGCGGAUUCAAGAGCAAAAAUAGAGUUCCUUCGUAUGCGUAUACUAAAGGUGAAGCAAUCUCGCCAACAACAAUUACAGUAUAGACAACAAAAUACUCCUAGUAAUGGAGAUACAAUGCAGUCAAAAGAUAAAUUUGAGCCUAAUCUUGAGCUUCCCCUUGAAGAACGUAUUGAGGAGUUAAGACAUAGACUGCGAAUUGAAGCUGCUGUUGUUGAGGGUGCUAAGAAUGUCAUCCGGUUGUUGCAGAGUUCUAAAGUUGCAGAUAAGAAGGCUCUUCAAGAGCACACAAUGCCUGCAUCCUCCUCUGUACCAGAUAUUGAUGAAAUGUGUGAAGUGUGUGGAGGUGGGAGAAGUCCAACAGCAGCACGCCGUGCAGCUACAUCUAAUACUUUCACUACACACUUCUGUACACGUGUUCCUGAAAGGGCACAUUCAUUUGGCAAUGCUGAUAAACAAUCAAGUCAGUGUGUCAAAACAAGUAAAGAUGCCGCAAUUCAAACUUCUGAUUUACUGUCAGGCAGCAAAGAACAUCACAGAAAAUCUGACAUAAUCAAAGCAGCUAAGAAUUUACUGGUUCCGGAUCAGGAACUUGCAGAGUUGUUUCCCGUUAAGAAAAAGCCUGGCAAGAAGUUGUCCCGAUCACCAGCUCGAUUACGUGGGAAAUCUCCUCUUCUCCAAAGCAGACAGAACUCUGCUAGUGAGAGCAGGGCAUCUAGUCCAGAAAUUCCUAAUCGAAAACCAAGAACUGUGCACAUUGAUGUGUAUUGUACUGGUUCAGAUGAAGCUGAUGCAGAUGCUAGUAAUACUUCUGAUACUCCAGAGGAAGGAGAAUCAUGGUCUUCCCCUCAGACUGUUUUUGAAUCUGAUAAAUUGAGGGUAGUGCAUACAAGAGCUGGUAAAAAUCAGUUGCCCCAAGCGUUGCAAGGCCAGGGAUCAUCAAACAAUCAGAAACCCAACAUUUCAUAUCGAUCAGAAAGUUUCAAAUAUUCUCCUGCUGAGAGAAUACAAGAAAAUUUAAGAGGCUUCGACAGUGAUGACGGAUUGAGUUCACAUUAUCCUUCUAAGCAAAGUUCCUAUACAACCUUUCAAGAUACUGAAUCUUCUCUUCCUAGCGAACCUUCCAGGGAUCCUUCUUCAUCAACAAUUUCUUCUUCAAGUUGUGCUUUGUUCAGUGAAGAUUAUGAUUCCAUAGCCGCAACGUCUUGGAAAGAUACAGCCACUGAAAGAGAUUCUGUAGCACUUAGUAAUUUAAGCCUUGCUUUGAGUGAUAGUUUUGAGUAUGCAGAUGCUAUGGAUAGAUUAAGGAUACGUGAGAAGGAGAAAGCAUGGGCUUGUUCUGCAGAUGAAGACACCAGUAAACAAAGUAAAACCUGGCAGUCGCCAAACACUGAACGCAAACACCUACUUCAACAACAGAAGUUUAAGGAAUAUUUGCAGAAGCACCAUGGUAGUAAGGGUUUUCCUCUGUGGAAACCAGAUGCUGUGGAAGAUUCGGAAGAGGAAGAUGAUGAUGAAACUGGAGAUGCUUGGGUUUUUAGCAGUGGUGCUAGGGGAGCGAAUUCUGAAAAAUAUAAUACCAUUAAAAGAGACAGUGCAGUUAGAAAGACCAGUGGUAGUGUUUUGUCAGAUUUGGAAAAAUUUCAGUUUGAUCAAGUGAACCUUGAGAAUUCUCCACAUUUUGUUGGUGAUUCAGGAAGCCUCAGUGAUUCAGGUCCUCCCACAAAGCAUAGAUUUGUGAGGAGAUCUGCAAUAGGUCCUUUUGGUGUGAAGCCUCCAUCUCCACCUCCUUCCAAAUUGGGCUCCAUUGUCACUUCCCCAUUCACUGCAGCCCAGAUUCGACUGGCCGAGUCAAGUCGCAAAUUGGACUUGCUUCGCAAAUCAUUGGAACUGCGCCGGGCUGAAUUGCCUCCUGACUCGCCAGCUGCAGCACAGUUGAAGCGUGAGCUGCAGAGUGUACAAGCAGCCAGUCCAGUUCCUGUUACCUACACAAGUUUGCAGCCUUUCACUCGAAGUUUAAGCAGCCAGGGUGAUGCCAAUCAGACAUCCACCUCCCCCUCUUCCUUCAGCAGAUGUGCUGCUGUAACAGGAAAACUGGAAGUGAGAUUAAUGGGUUGUCAAGACCUGUUAGAAGAAGUUCCUGGAAGAUCUCGUAGAGAAAAAGAUACCACAUCUAGCCCUGGUGAUCUGCGCUCCUUUGUCAAAGGUGUCACUGGUCGCAGUUCCAGCAAAUCGUACAGUGUUAAAGACGAAACAAGUAAUGACAUAAUGGCAGUAAUUAAAUUAGACAAUCAGACUGUGGCUCAAACAAAUUGGCGGCCGUGUUCCCAGCAGGCCUGGGAUCAGAGGUUUUCCAUUGAUCUAGAUAAAUCACGUGAAUUGGAAAUAGGAAUUUACUGGAGAGACUGGCGCUCUCUGUGUGCGGUAAAAUUUUUACGUUUGGAAGAAUUUAUUGAUGAUAUUCGUCAUGGUAUGGCUCUUCAGCUAGAGCCCCAAGGACUGCUCUUCGCUGAGAUAAAAUUCUUGAAUCCAAUGAUAUCAAGAAAACCAAAACUUCAGAGGCAAAGAAAAAUCUUUAAGCAGCAAGUUAAAAAUUUUCCUAGGGCUAACCAAAUGAAUAUAAAUGUUGCAACGUGGGGUCGACUUCUCAAAAGAUCAUCCCCUUCUAUACAAAAUACACACAGAAGUCCUGUUAUGGAAACUUCUCCUUCAGGAGGCAUGCAGCCACUGCAGUUGUCCUUUGACGUACCAGAAGAAAAAGUGGAAGCACCAGGAGAGAGCCCAGACCCUGGUUCUGGUGGUUUGUCAGGUGCUAGACCUUUGGGCCUUGGUGUGGCAGUGCUACCACCAUUGCCAUCAGUCCCGUCUGAGGGGACUCAAGGAGCUAUUUUGCCUUCAACUGUUGCCGGUCUGAAGAGAUUGUCAUCUCCUCCUCAUGUACCUUCUCCAACUCCUCGAUUGGAUGUGGAGAUUGCUUUACGAGAGUUUGAUUUCUUGCAUGCUGAGGAGCGAGGAUCCCCAGAGCCUGGGACUGUAUCGCCAGCACGGCCAGUGGCUCCCAGCCCCUGUGCCAGCUCUGGUGGCAGCAACGAGCACCAGCACCAACUCCAACAGCACCAGCACUCCCCUUCACCCCAACCUGUGAUCCAGUUUCCUGAGGAGGAGGUGGUGUAUGAACCUGAGGAAGUGCCACGCCGACCCUUGGAAUACAGGGACAGUGCGUAUGAAUCAAGACGCCAUUCUCACUUCACAGGCAUGUCAAUGGAUAAUUUUCGUUUACUAAGUGUCCUGGGACGUGGUCACUUUGGAAAGGUGAUACUUGCCCAGUAUCGCAAUACAGGAGAAUAUUUUGCAAUAAAAGCUUUGAAGAAAGGAGAUAUAAUUGCCAGAGAUGAAGUAGAAUCUUUGUUGUCUGAGAAAAGAAUUUUUGAAGUUGCUAACACAAUGCGCCAUCCUUUCCUGGUGAAUUUAUUUGCUUGCUAUCAGACAGAAGGUCAUGUCUGCUUUGUCAUGGAAUAUGCAGCUGGUGGUGAUCUGAUGAUGCAUAUACACGCUGAUGUUUUUGCUGAGCCAAGAGCUGUUUUCUAUGCGGCCUGUGUAGUUUUGGGACUCCAGUACCUACACGAGAGUAGAAUUAUUUACAGGGAUCUUAAGCUUGAUAACUUAUUGCUAGAUACUGAAGGGUAUGUUAAAAUUGCUGAUUUUGGAUUGUGCAAAGAAGGAAUGGGUUUUGGAGACAGAACAGGGACAUUCUGUGGCACUCCUGAGUUUCUUGCUCCUGAAGUAUUAACGGAAACAUCAUACACAAGAGCUGUUGAUUGGUGGGGAUUAGGUGUCCUUAUCUUUGAAAUGUUGGUAGGGGAGUCACCAUUUCCUGGUGAUGAUGAAGAGGAAGUUUUUGAUUCCAUUGUGAAUGAUGAAGUUCGUUAUCCUAGAUUUUUAUCACUUGAAGCUAUAGCCAUUAUGAGAAGGUUAUUAAGGAAGAAUCCUGAAAGACGAUUGGGAUCCAGUGAGCGUGAUGCUGAAGAUGUUAAAAAGCAAGCAUUUUUUCGAAAUAUACACUGGGAUGAUUUACUAUUGAGACGUGUGAAGCCUCCUUUUAUUCCCACUGUUAAUUCUCUUGAAGAUGUCAGUAACUUCGAUGAAGAGUUUACUUCUGAAAAACCCCAACUCACUCCUCCAAAAGAUCCUCGCCCCUUGACUGAUGAAGAGCAGGCCCUUUUCAAAGAUUUUACCUACAUGGCUGAUUGGUGCUGACAGCAGUGGUGAAGCUUCAACAUACAAGCUGAAGUGAGAAGAAUGUGUUUGUUUAUAAACUACUGAUUAAAAAGUGUAUUAUUGGGAAAUUGAAGUAAGUAAGGUGCCAGUGGCUAUUCAUUUUGUUAAGUAUCUGGUAAUUUUUGCAGCUAUAUAUGGUCACUAAAAUUAUGCUCCACUUGUGUUCCUAUCAUGUUGUUUGAUGUUUUAUGUUAAUCAUAAUAAGCCUUGUUUAUUAAAAAUCAGUAGAAAUAAUACUUUAUUAGAAAAAUACUUAUGCAUGAAUUGUCUAUUUGAACAUUUUAAUUUGAAAUGGACUCUGGUAGAACUGGAGGAGAAUGCUGAAAUUCUUGCCUACUUGCGCAGUAGUUUUAAUAAGAAUAUGAAAUAUUUGAGAUGUGUGGGUAGGCCAGGAUUGAAAAUUAAAAUAAUCAUCGUCCUGUAGAGUGUUGUGCUCUUCUAGGUGGCAUCUAAUUGUGUUAUCGCUGGGAAAGAAACAAUUGCAGAAUAAAUUUAGAGAGUCUAGUUCAGUGCUUGCAAGUAGAACAUUACAUAAAAGGAUAAUAACCUUUUAUAUACUAACAAGUUAUUUCAACAAAACAUGGUUCUGUAAUAAUGUAAGUUGUGUGACUUGUACAAAGGAGUAUUGUAAAUCAUAUUGAGAUGUGUUUUGCUUCAAUAUGUGCUUGAGGUAGUCUUUAUUACCUCAUUGGUUCCAUUAUAGUCUUUCAAAAAGACAACUCUUUCUCAUUUUAUAAUUUUUUGGUUUCAGCAAGGUGAGCUUUCAUUUGGUUGUAUUUCGUUCAAUUGGACUCAUGAUUUUAGAGAGAUUGCACUGGCAUGGGUAUCGUUGAAAUGUUGCUGAUCUCAUGAAUAUUUUUUACACCCCUUUCGAAUCAGCGUGAUGGAGAGCAACUCUUUGACAUGCAACAAUCACUUAAUAUUUGUAUCCUCCAUGAAAAAACAUGGAAUAUGUAUUUUUCAAUUUUAACUUUAUCACUCGGUGCCAUUGUGAAGAUAAAUGGAAGGGGACCAGAAAUUGCUUUUAGGCAGAUUAAUUAUAGAAUUGAUUUCAUGAGGAUAUUUGAAAAUAUGUAUAACAUAUUUGAUGCUAUCUUUUAAGAACUGAUAAAGUGUUGAUUAAGUUAAAUGUUAACAGUAUAAGAGAAUCAAAUAUACAUCUACCCUGUCGUCAUUACUUUUUCUUCUCUUCUGUAUUAGCACUUUUCAUCUUCACUAUUUAUGUUGUUCUCUAUCCCUUCUAUAAUUUUUUAACUGAAUGAGUUGGUGUUGUGGACAAGAAUAAAUGUACACUGAAAGAAUUAUGUCCAUAAGUAUUCGGGACAGUAAAGAUGUAUCUAGUCACUUGUAGGGUUCUUUUUUGCUAUUUGCUUAGACCUCUUUAGAAUAUUUUGCUUUCAGGUUUUGAAAGAUAAAUACACACUAAAUUUGACUUAAUUAGUAAAUAUGGAUGUGUUCGCUGAAGUUAUUAAAAACAUUAAUUUAGUGUCUAAUGUUAAUGCUGAUAUUAAUUAAAAAGGUGAACAUUGCCCAAAUAUUUAUUUUCAUGUUUUUAUUAUGCUAAAUAAGUCUUCUGUAAUAUUAUUCUUGCAAUUUUUGUACUUGUCUUUCUGUCAAAAGUUUGUUUUUAAUAUAAUCUUGUUUUUCCUUUAUUUGCUUUCUUACUAUUUCUUAUGCUUUUGAAAUUUUGAGCACUACAUGAAGUUUUUCUUCUUACAUAAUCAAAUUUCUCUCAAAUAUCUUCCCUCCUUUCCAGUCUCCUGCUCCUUUCUCAUGCUCUGAAUAGAGUGAUGAGAUUUUUGUUUUCAUGGUAAUUGGUUUAUUAUUCAUGAUCUAGAAGCAAGGAUCGAAAAUCAAAAACGUUAAUCAAUCAAUUUUGAGCUUUGCUCCCACAUUCUUUUCUGGUACAGAUACGUUUCUUCAAAACUAGUUUCCAGAAAUCCAAUACCAGUGCAAUUGCACACUCCAGAUUACUUCAUAUUAAGUAAGAUGCUGAUUAAUGAAUUAUGAUGGUCAAAAAGUAUUACUAUUUAUAAUGCUGUUUUUUGUUAUGACAUCUGGUCUCUGUUGUUAUGCAUUUUCACCUUCGUUUCUAAUUUAUCUUUGAUUUGGGUGAUUCAAUCCAAGUUUUGUAUAAUUUUCAAUGUAAUAAACAACAUUACAGCAUUGCGAAUAUAAGUAACUAUUUUACCAUUGUUCUAAUAAAACUGGGAUUUCACUAGCUUACUUAAAGUUUCAUUGAAAUUUUCUCAUCUAUUUAGCCUUUUAUUUCUGAGCUUAAUGUUGGGACUUCAUGGAUGAAUUUAAACAAAUUUUCUGAAUAGUCUUCAUUGUAUUUUUAAAUGAAUGAAAAUAACAUAGUUACUCAAAAACAAUGCUGGAUUUAUGCUACUUUAAAAAGGUUGUUAACAUUUUGAAAUGGAAUUAUUUAGGACCCUCCUUAUUUGGAGAGAGGAAGGAGGAGACUAAUGCUUUUUGUAUGAUUCUGAGAUGAAAUUCACUUCAACAUUGUUAGUAUGUGUUAAUGUAUUUGGUUGUGAGGUAAUAAUCAAUUUUUAUCAUAAUUUAUUGUGGAUCUUUUUGUCAUAUCUCAUUGUGGUGAAAGCGAUCUUUCUUGAGCAUUGAGGAACAUCUUUUUUUCUUAGUGCUUUCUGAAAAAUUAUUUUGUCUACAUAUGUGUACAGCCAUGUUUAAUAAGCUGUUUGUUAAAAAUGUUGCCAGAUUAUUUGCUUUAAUAGGUAAAUGCAAUUUGUUACUAUUUGUGGGAUGUGUUAGAAAAUAUGCAGGAGAUUUAAGGUCAAGCACAGGAGAUAUACAGCUCAACGGUGCAUGUUUUUCCAAAGUUGUUUUUAAUUUAUUUACGUUUUUGACCUUAUUAAUGCAUAAUUAUUCUUUUGAUUACAAGAGUGAAAUUCUUAAUAGUUACGUGCUAAUUCCAGUAAAUACCGUGCUAUAUAACAUGUUAAAGCUAUGUGGUAUUUUUAUCUUGCAUAUAUAAAAUUAUAUUAGUUUUUCUUGAAAUUUUACUUAUUAUCUUACAUAAUUUGGAGGGUGCUGAAAGAUCCAUAGAUACUCUUGGCUCACUAUAAUUCAAUGAGAGAAAACAAGGAAUAAGAAAGAAAACAUUUUAGAAAAAUGGAUUUUAAUCUGCCAUGAUCUGUAGUUUUCAUUAAAGCAGACUUUUAAUGAUAUAUGGUGAUUAAUUACUCAAAAAUUUUUGUCAAUUAAUUUUGGAUGUGUAGCGCAAGACAGGUUUACAAUUGGCCUGUGUGGCCAAAAAAAAAUUGUAGGAGUGUGAUUUAAAGGAUCUAUUUGGGUCAAAAUAAGGUUGGUUUUGUGGUUUUUUUUAAUAGACCAAAUGUAUUUCCAGUUUCAAUUACAAAAUUUUUUGGAAAACAGAAUUUUCUUUGUUUGUGUUGGGGGGAGGUAUGUAAUAUUUAAAGAGGCAUGGUGAGUAAAUCCACUCCUCACAAGUACAAAUUUUUUCAGUGAUUUCAUUUGACAAUAAUAUUCCUUGAAGUCAAUAAGUGUACAAUGACCUUUUUUAUGAUGAUUAUGGUGAGUUAAUUGUUUCGAUUCUCUAAAAAAAUAAGGGAACUUACAAGACAAGUCAUGAUCCAGUGAAUUUGUACAGUGUUUUAAUUGCAAAUUGCCUUCAUUAAAAAAGUGUGGCAGUUUAUUUAGACUUCUGCUUACCACUUAAUUUUAUUUUAGAAGAUGACUGAGGAUAUGUCAUUUCUUAACAGUAAUAUAUUUUUGCAGGGUUCAUUUCAUUCCUCUCACUUAAUGAUUGUUUGAAAAUGAUCAAUUUGUGUACAUAAGCUGUCAAUUUAUGGAAACAUUUUAAUUACAGCAUAUGAUAUAGUAGUUCCUUAAGUUUCGAUAGCUCCAGCAUAAGUGUGUUGGGUUUUAUAGAGAGAAAUAUUCUAAGCAAGUCUUUAUGUACAUAAAGGAAAGCCGAAGUCAUAGUUUUUGCCUGUCAUAAAUUUGAACACAUGAUAUUAAUUAUGCUCAUGUAAAUAAGGAUGUGCUUAGUAUUUGUUAAAAAGUGCAUUUCAUAAAUUAAAAUUAAAUUAUUCUUUCAUUUAACCUUAGUAUAAAUGUAAACAUCGCUCAGUCUUGAAUAUUAUUAUUCCUUCUUUGAAGGUAGCGAAAACUAGUCCACGAAAUUCAAGCCUUUUCUAAGAAAAUACAUUUCUGUAUAUUCAUACUAGAUAUUUAAUUAAGGGCAAACCCAAAGCGAGCUUUAAGUUAAUCAUAUCAAACUUCUUUGCAUAUUUUGUGAUUGUGAACUUGUAAAGAGUCUUAAAGUUCAAGAUUAGAUUUUAUGAUUCGCUUUAUUUGCUCGUGUUUUGUGUUGCUGAAUGUCCUUAGUAGAUGGUGUCUGCCAUCCCAUAUUUCUAUCAAGAAACAAGGAUUACAUUGUACACAAAAAUGUCAGUCGUGAUCCUGUGCAAUUUGUGAUUUAUUGUCAUUGAUUGCAGUUAAUAAAUUAAAAUGAGAGUCCAGGAAAAGGUCAUUGUUGAAAGAAAAAAAUUAAGACUUUCUGUCAGUUUAUUAGCAAGUUGCUUUAGUGUCAAUUAGUUAAUAAGUUGGCAGUAAAGUAAUGUACUAUUACCUUCCCUUUUUUACUUUGUAGUAAAGGAAUGUUCUAUUACGCUUAUGAGAAGGCAAUUACAAUUAAAAUACUAGUAUUUAAACUUGUGACAUCUUGCAUUUGAAAAUUAUUAAAGUGUAGAAUUAUAUUAUUUUUGUUGUUACCUGGAGAGCACAGGUAUAAUCAUGGGUGGAAUUUUGUAAUUCUGUGUCUUGAAAGUUUCGUUUAUAUUUUGUAAAGUUUACUCAUUCAUUGAAAGACCCUUGAUCCAUUUCAAUUCUACAAGAAACAGCUCUCUAUUGCCUUUGCAUUAGUUACAGAUUAUUUAAAUUUUAUUGCUAUAAUAGAACAAAAUUAUGAACCUUUGUUAUUAAAUAUUGAUAUUCAAAUGCUUGUGUAUUUUUCCUUAAGUGUUCAUUUGUAAUUUAAUCUAAUUUGACAGUUGGAAAUGAGUAUAUUGUGUAUAAAUAAUGAAAUUUGUUAAGUAUGAUGCACGUUUGUGACAAGUUUUGGGUGAAUGAAGCUCAUUCAGGCAAGUCUGUGGGUAGAAAGUUCUGCUUAUGUGCAGAUCAAUAUGAUAUUCCAUUGUUCUAAGUCAUCUGAAAACAAAAUAAUAUGACAGGAGAGAGAGAUUUGAAAUGAAAAUUCUACCUCUGAGAGGAAGAAAUUGCUCAAUUGAGUGGAUUAUUUCUCAUAUGCAUUCAAGUGCCAACUUGUUCAUUGUAUUAUGGGUAUGUGUAGUGAUUGCUAUCUAUAUGCUAAUUUUUAAAACAUCUCCCUAUUUGGAAGAAUUCAUAUGCAUACUUUUGUUCUUUGAGUGAUUUUGACACAAUAAUUUUACUUUUCAGACAAAACAUAUUUUUAUAAUUGUAUUGGCACCACAUGUAAUGGUGAAUGAAGUGGUUCAAAUGCUAAUAAUAGUGUGGUACAUCAGUUAUAUGAAUUGUGCCAAUAAUAGUAAUGUGAUACUUGCAUCAAAUAUUUCUGAACUCUAGCAUGUUGGUGACAAGACUAGGGUUUUAUAAACUUUUCUCUGCUCAACUUUUUUCUUUCAAGGAUAUGAUUGGAUAGAGCAGAAAAUGUGAACUGAUGUUUGAUAUUGUGACAUUGUGAAAGGCAAUUGUAAAUACAAAAUUUGUGAAAUGUCUAUGAAACAUUUAGGUAUUCAUAUUUAUUUAAAAUGUCAAUAUUGUAGUCAUUUUAUCCUUAAAUAUGUAAAAUGUGCUCAAAUUUUAUAUAAUUUUUUAUCAAGGAAAAUAGGCCUUUGGUGGUGUUCAUCUCUGCAACUGCUCCUGUCCGUCCAGCCUCUGUAACAUUGUCAGUUCUGAUUUUCAAGCUUUGUUGAGAACAUAUUAAAACAUUUUAGUUAUAAGAGUACCAAAAGGUCAGAGACCUCAGAUAGAUUCAAAGUUAUUUUUUUUAAUUGCUGUACAUAUUCAAUAAAAUGGCAUUUAUGUAAAUUAAAAUCGGUAAUCUUGAAUGCAAAUUUAGGUUUCAAUGUGCUUUAUGGCCUGAAUUAAUAUAAUAAUCUAAGAAUAAAUAUGUAUAGAUAAUUAACUCUCCAUUUUUUUUGCCCAUAUAGCUAUUUGAAACUGCUCUGUUUGAGUUCAUUUUUUAAAAUUUGCAUAACUAUUUUCAUUUUGUUUUGUUCUGCAACUUUAAAGAGAAAAUAAGAAUAAAUUGAAUGUAAUUAGCAUAGCAACCAAAGUACAAGUGACAUUUUGUGAAAUGCAGACAGCUAUUUGUUUUUUGUCAGAGAUGAAUCAUCAUUUCUUUUUGGUCUUACGUAAUGAUUACAUUUAUAUAUUUGCAGCUUUUCAAAGAAAUCUUAAUUUUUAGGUAAGAGGUGAAUCAUAUUUUUCUAAAUAUGAAAUGUUUUCUUUAAUAUAUCUGGAAGAAGUUAGUAGUUCAGGUUGUGCAUCUGAUCGUACAUGUUUCAGUGUAUUGUUACCUUUUAAAGGAAAAUUAGAAAAAAGAAAAAAAUAUAUAUAUAAUGGGUAUUGCUCUCAUUUUUUUAUUCAAAAUUUUUUAUUGUUUAAUGUAU